AUGUUUAGAGCCGCCUUGCUAAUUCUUCUCUUCCGAUCUUGCCUGAGAUGCUUCCAGCUGAGUAAGAUUUCCAUAAAUUAUGAACAUCUCUGGAACGUUUAUUAUCCCGGCGUAAGGGGAAGAACUGCCUAUGUUAGGCUUCCUCAGGCGGUAAGAUGGAUCCCCGAAAAGAGGGUGGAAAAUAAAGGACACGCCCCCGAUGAGGAAGUGCAUCAUUCAAGUAAUGACAUAGACACCCCACGUGGAGACCUGCACAUCAUCCUAAAUAACAAUCUGCAAAAUGUUGCGAAACAAAUUUUGAAAGACGAAAAUGUGAAUCUCCCCAAGCAUUGCCUCCUUGAAGACAACAAAAUUUUCGACGACUAUGAAUACCAGUCGAGUGUGAUUUUAUUUUUGGAGCAUUCUUUAGGAAAAGGAAAAGAUGUGCGCAGUGAGGUCCUUCGAAUUUUUAAAGGAGCAGAUGCAGAGCUAAUUGAUUCUAUACGCAUAUCCCCCAAUGGGAUACUCAACAUCAGAGUUGCUGAUGCGUUCGUGUUGCGGGAUUUUCUGCAGUUUUACAGGCAAGGAAGAGCCCACAUUGGUACAGCUCCAGUAGGCGUAGAUUACGCAAGUAACAACAACCCUGAAAUGGAGAAUCCGCGAAAAAGAGAAAAAUCCACCGUUUUGCUAGAUUUUUGUGGAGUAAAUAUGGCGAAAAACAUGCACAUGGGACAUCUUAAGUCGCUCCUUCUUGGAAAUGCAUUGAGUAACAUUUUCCGUUCCUUGAAUUAUUCUGUGAAAUGCAGAAGCCAUAUAGGAGACUGGAACAUGAAUCUCGCAAUAGUUUUAAGUUUUCUUAUUAUGUUUCCUUACGAGGUAAUAUCCGGGGGGAAAAUAAAUGGAGAGAAAGUGCAUAACAUUAGUGGAGCUGAUAAUGAUGACAAGGCGGAAUCGUACAAAGGGUGUAGAACGCCCUGCAUAUCCACCGGUCAGAUGAAUAAACACAUAGAUGUAGAGCAUCGUGUAAGUGCAGAUUAUACAGAAUCUGAAGUAGAGAAAGAAUCAGAAAAAGUUGUGGAGGAAGAAAUCUACAGGAAGUUGGAGAACAGCUUGAAGGAGGAAAAGUUUAAUAAAGGUUAUGAACAGUUGGACCCAUCUAAAUGGGAAAAUAUAAAUCUAGCUAACAUUGAAUUUGCAUACAGAAUGGGGAAGAAGCUUUUUACCUCAUCGGAUGUAUUUAAAAGGAUCAGUAAGAGUAGCUUACGCAUGAUGUACGAAAAGGAUGAGAAGAUGAUUGCCUUGUGGGAUAACAUAUGCAAGAGUAGCAAGCGAGCAAACAAGGAAAUUUUGAAUAAAAUGAAAAUCAAGAAGUUGAUAGACAAGGGGGAGAGUUUCUACGUCAAGUUUGUGCCGACCAUAUUGCGGAGACUCCAAGACGCCAAUAUGGUUUUUCAUCUGGAGGGAAAGUCGUGCCUUUUGCUGAGGAGCAACCAAGUCGGAAUGAACAGUGUCAAUGGUGGGUGCACUCCAAACCGGAGGAAAGACACCCACAUACUGAGCACCAAGGAGGAGCACUACGAAGUUGUUCAGGUGACACAGGAACUUCUCGAUCAAGUCAAGAGGAACGGCGUGGAUGAAUUAAAGAAGAACUUCACCUUAGUGACUCUUGAGAACGAUGUAGCCUUCACCUAUGCAGCCAUUGACUUAGCCGCAAUACACUAUCGAGUGGUACAUGAGAAAGCCAACAAAAUAAUAUAUGUGGUUGAUGAAAAUCAAAGGAAACAUUUUAUGCAAAUUUUUUCCAUAGCAAGGUUUGCACAUAUUCUCUCCGAUGAUGUUGAAUGUAUAUGUCUCAAUUACGGUUUUGUGCUCAACUCAGAAAACAAGAAAAUGAAAACAAAAGAUUUGUGUAAAAAGAAUAUUUCCGUUAAGGAUAUGCUGGAAAAUGUUAAGUUAACUAAUAAUAAUGCGCAUGAAAAAAAUGAACAAACAAAUUUAAACAAAGUACACAUGGAGAAGAAACACAGAGAAAAAUUCCUUUUGUCGUCACUUAUUUAUUCUUACUUGUCUGUAAAAAAUUAUAAAAGACAAAUAAUAACAAGCAUUCUUAAGCAUUCUCACACGGAGUAUCUUUUCAUAAUUAAUUGCUACAAUGAAGUCUCUUCCAUUUUGGGGAAUAGAAAAAAAGGCGAUUACUCCUCCCAUAUGUCAAUAAGAAAAAACGUGCUGAUUGAAAAUAAUUUAAAAAAAUUGAUGCUACACAUUAUUCAUUUUAACUAUGUCACGGAGGAAGUGACUCGCAACUACGGCGUAGACAGAUUGUGCUCCUUUCUAUUCAUUCUGUCACAAAAAAUGCAACCCCUACUCCAGAGCAGAUUUUUGAAGAAGUUUAUUCCCCAUUUAGAAAGCGCAAGUGCUCAUAAUUUUUUGAAAACAUUAAAUGGUUUGAGGGAAGCGGAGGUACAGGAACACGUCAAAAAUGCAGUAGAAGAAAAUGCGCCAAACCGAACGGAAAGUAUCAUCGAUUGGAUAACCCAAACGGAACUGUAUCUUCUCAUCAAAAACAGCGGCCUUGUCGACCUACGCGAAGACGAAAAUUUACCUGAACAAUCAGGAAAAAUCGAAACGUUCAUUUUUAACCGAAUUUUUGAAGUACUCAUUAUGCAAACAUACCUCACCCUCGUUAGAAGAAUAUUUAAAAUGCUAAAUUUGCAACUGGUGAACUCUGGGCAACGUGAUUCUGGACCGCGGGCUGCGGAUUUGUAG